AAUGAUAGAGCUCUAAAGAAACAAAUAGAUAGAUAAACUUAAACUAAGUCUUGAUUCUGACAACUUCAACUAUUUCUUGGCCUAGUCCUUGAAUAAGGUCACACGUCAUCGUUCUUUAUAACUAUUAGCUAAAACUCUUGCUGAUAACUUUAUCUAGAAAAAUCAACUAGAAAUCCCUAAAAAAUCCAAUUAUUAGCGUCAAAGAUAAAUUGCUCUUCCUCAGAUUAUCAGACACUCCUAAUAAUCAAUCAACAUCCUUCCAAAAACUUAGUCAUAUCCUUUAAAUAAAACUCCCUCUAUCAUCCAUGAACCCUAAUAUUCAUACCUCUUGGGUGGAGGCAAUAAUCAUGAACUGAUAAAACGCAUCAUGGAUACAAGACGAGAAUGGCAUCAAUGUAAAAGUACAACAAGAGUACAUUUUAGAUGGUAGUAAUCUAAUAUAGGCUAUAAAUAUUACAAAAUGAAUGCCUACAAUCCUCAUAGAUCAUUAGUCAAUCAUUUUGAAUUUCACUAAGAAAUAAGUAAUAAAAAGAAUCUCCUCUUGAAUAUGACUACCUUUUGCGAUUCCAUCCAUAAAAAUGUAUUUGAUAUUCUUCCUGUUACUUUUAUUAUCGAUUUUAAUGAUUCUUAAAUUGAGUCUCAUCUUACUGCUUUUAUAAAUUAUUAUAAACAAUACUCUCCUAAUCCUAUAUCAUAAGAUGAACUCUUACUAAAAAAAUAGGAAAUCAAAAAGAAACUCAGAAUUCCACCUAGCAAAGAAAGGAGAUUUAUUGAUUAUAAAAUGAAAGAUACUUUUUUAGGAAAUGAUUAUUUGUGGCUAUUAAAACCAACUGGAUUAAAUCGAGGUAGAGGUAUUAAUGUAUUUAAUAAUCUUGAUCAAUUCAUUGAUUUACUCAUUGAAUACACAACAGGAAUAAGUGAAAAACAUAUAGAAACUCCUAAUGAAAAGAUCUAUCAAGGUCUUAUGAUUAAAUCUCCAUCAUUUGUAGUAUAGAAGUAUAUUGAAAAGCCUUUGCUUAUAAAUAAUAGAAAAUUUGAUAUAAGAGUUUGGGUUUUGGUCGAUUAAGAUCUAAAUUGUUAUUUCUUCAAGUAUUCUAUAAAUAUAAAAAAAAUAGAGAGGGAUACAUUAGAACUGCAUCUGAAGAGUUUGUAACUAAUGAUAUAAAUAAUUUGUUUAUUCAUCUUACAAAUAAUGCUAUUUAGAAAUAUAGUUAAGAAUAUGGAAAUCAAGAAGCAGGAAAUCAAUUAUCUUUUGAUUAGAUUUAGUAAAUUUUUAAGAAUAGAAUUGAUUUCAGAUCAAAAAUUGUUAAAUAAAUGAAAGAGAUUGCCUUUUUGGUAAUGAGUUCAGUUGGAAACAAAAUAAAUAGGAAUAAUCGUAGAAAUUGUAUGGAAAUCUUUGGCUUUGAUUAUAUCUUGGAUGAAAAAUUCAAUAUAUAUUUAAUAGAGGUUAAUACAAAUCCAUGUAUUGAAGUAUCAAGUCCAUUGUUGGGUCAACUGAUUCCUAGAAUGUUAGAUGAUGCCUAUAUUUUGACUCUUGAUUAGAUCUUUAAUAUUUCAAGAGAGAAAGUUAGUCCAUUUCCAGUUAAGGGUUACUAAAAUAAUGAGAAUAUGUGGUAAUAGAUGUAUAUUUAUUUAGGUAAUUGUUAGGAUCACUUAAAGAUUAAGUUAUUUACUAAUGAAUUUAUUCGUUUUUAUAAUUAUGAAAUAUUUCAUUUUGACAUUAUUUGUUUUGAAUGCAUUUAACUUCUCUUUGAACGAUGAUUGGGAUGGUAUGGAAGAAGCAAUCAAAGUUCAAUAAGAUGCUGUCUUGGUAUAGAGAAUAAUUAAAUAGGAUCUAGUAGACUAGAUAGACUUAUAUUCAGAAACUCCGAUUACAACUUAGAUAGAGAAUCAAGUAUAGUAACUGAUGAAUCCUCCACUUGAAUCUGAUUAGAAAGAGAAUGAAAAUGAAUAGAGUGAAGAAGUACACUCUUUAGAAUACUGGUUAGAGAGAUUAGGAGAUGAAUAUUAAGACGAAACUAUAUUGUUAUAGCAACCAUAAUCAAUUACAGAAUAAAUUACAACAGUUGUUGGAAAUUUAGUUUUAAAAGUAGGAGAUGCUAAUCAAUUAAAGUAAAUGGCUGAAUAAGCUGAAAUAGAAUCUCCGUUGAUUAUAGAUGGAAUAGAAUUAGAAUAUUAAGAUGAAAAUAUUUAGAUGUAAUAACUAUUAAACUCAGCUUUGGAAAUGCAGAAAUCAUUAAAUUAAGAAAAUGAAUAAUAUGAUCUUAAUACAAAUUCAAAGAAGAAACAUAAAAAGAAGAGACCAAUCAUAGAUAUUGAUUUGAAUGAUUUAACUAUAUCAGAAGAUAAUGAUUAAACUGAAAUAGACUAUACAAUAUAACAAGAGAGUGAUAAUAAUUAAAUAUAAAAAGAGAAUGAUAAUAAUUAAAUAUAACAAGAAAAUGAUAAUAAUUAAAUAUAACAAGAGAAUGAUACUUCUGAAAAUACUAUUGAAGUUUAAAUUAAUUCAACUAAAGAAGAACCUUAAACUGAGAAUAUUUCUAAGUUCACUCCAAAUGAAGAUACAAUUAAUGAAGUUUAAGAUAAUAAUAGGAUGUUCAAUUUUUUGAAUGAUGUUCAUAAAGAUGUUGAAAAUGAUAAUAAUUAAGUUAAAUAAUAGGAUUAAAAAUCUUAUAAUUUCAAAGAAUAUUCAUUUAAUAAAUUUGAUGGAGAUUAACGUUCUUUUUAUAAUGAAAAUGAGGAUUCUAUAUUAAAAGUAGUAGAAAGAGAAUAACCAAAAGAAAUUAAUAAUAAUAAUAAUAAUAAUAAUAAUAAUAAUAAUAAUAAUAAUAAUAAUAAUAAUAAUAAUAAUAAUAAUAAUAAUUAAUUACAAUUUAAGGAAGAAUAAAAAUCAUACAAAUUUAUUAACAAAGAAGAAUCAGAAUAAAAUAAAGAUAAAUAAUAAAUAGUAAAUAAUCAAGAUUAACCAUAAGAAACAUCAAUUCUUAAAAAAUAUUUAUUAUACACAGAUUAACCAGAAGUGAUAUCCACAGGAACUACUGAAAAAGAAAUUGAAGAAGAUAAAAGAUUAGUUACUGCUUUUAAAUCUAUGGAUAGAGAUGAACAUUGGGAAAAAACAAACAAGAAAUAAAAAAUAAAUACAGAUGUUAAAAAUGAAUUAUUAAGAUGUACUUUAUUAUAAUAUUAUAUUAGUUACUAAAGUUGAUGAUGAACCAUAAAUAAAGGAACCUGAAUUUAAAGAGGUUACAGAAAGUAAAGUCGAAAAUCCUCAUAAAUUUAUUUCAUUUAAAGCUGACCCAUAAUAUGAAUAGGCUGAGAAUGCAAAAAAGAAUGAAAUUGCUAAAUCUAAAUAUGAUGAAUUGCCAGAAACCAAAUUGUAAUCCAAAGAAGAUAUGAAAAGAGAAAAACAAUAAAAAAUAUGUAUUAAUAUAAAAAUGAAUUCUUAGAGGAAAUGCAAAAGAUAAUUGAAGAAUAAUUGAAAAAUAAAACAUUAAAAAAGAAAUCUGAAACAGAUAAAUCUUUACAAUAUGAAAGUGAAUAUCUACAAUGGGAAAGAGCUACAUAAUCUAAAUAAUAUCCUGCUGAAAUCAAUUUUGUCAUGACGUAAAAUAAUUUAAGAAAAAGAUUGUGAUU